UCAUCGAGAACGUUGAAUGACGUUCUCCCUACUCCAACUGCAUGUUCUAGAACUUCUUUCCCUCCUUCCGAUCAAUAUAAAAGUCCACAACUCCACCAUUGCUCUACACAACAAAUCCUUCGUACAAAGUUAUACAAACAGCUAAAUCUCUUCCAUCACUACUUUUCUGAGUUUUCAUAAUGCACAAGAGUUCUUCAAACUCGUCUUUGGGACCGGGAGGCCUGGACCUAACCCAGGCCUUCUUCAAGCCCAUCCACAGCGCCGCUCCUCCCUCCCCGACCAAGCGCCACACCAAGAUCUCCGUCAUCGGAGCCGGUAAUGUGGGCAUGGCAAUAGCCCAAACCAUCCUAACCCAAGACCUCGCCGACGAGCUCGUCCUCGUCGACGCCAAGCCCGAAAAGCUCCGCGGCGAAAUGCUCGACCUUCAGCACGCCGCUGCCUUCCUCCCCCGCACCAAAAUCAUCGCCUCAGUCGAUUACUCAGUUACCUCCGGGUCCGAUCUCUGCAUUGUCACGGCAGGGGCCCGCCAAAUCCAAGACGAGUCUAGGCUGAACCUCCUCCAGAGGAAUGUGUCUCUUUUCCAGAAGAUCAUACCCCCGCUCGCGCAGUACUCCCCCGAAACCAUUCUGCUGAUCGUUUCCAAUCCCGUGGAUGUGCUGACUUACGUGGCGUGGAAGCUAUCCGGUUUCCCGUCGAACCGGGUUAUAGGGUCUGGCACUAAUCUGGAUUCUUCCCGGUUUCGGUUCCUCAUUGCAGAUCAUCUUGACGUCAAUGCUCAGGAUGUGCAGGCUUAUAUAGUUGGGGAGCAUGGUGAUAGCUCGGUGGCUCUAUGGUCGAGCAUAAGUGUCGGUGGCGUGCCCAUACUGAGCUUCCUAGAGAAACAACAAAUCGCGUACGAAAAGGAAACCUUGAAGAAUAUUCACAAAGCGGUCAUAGGUGGUGCUUACGAAGUGAUCAGCCUCAAGGGGUACACGUCGUGGGCGAUUGGGUACUCGGUGGCAAACCUGGCUCGGUCCAUAAUCAGAAACCAGAGGAAGAUCCACCCAAUAUCGGUACUUGCAAGUGGGUUCUAUGGCAUUGAAGGUGGGGAACUGUUCUUGAGCUUGCCGGCACAGCUUGGUAGGGUCGGUGUCCUGGGCGUCGCCAACGUUCAUCUCACGGAUGAGGAGGCGCAACAGCUGAGGGAGUCGGCUAAGACCAUCCUCGAGGUGCAAAACCAGUUGAAGAUAUGACACAUGAGUCGCAGUGGACCGCUAGCUACCUUUUGCAUCAGCAUGUGUAUGCGUACUAAUUUAGGAGUUUGACAUGUUCUGCCGUUGGGGAGCAAACUUAAUUAGGGCAUGGGUCCCUUGAUUUUAUAUAUUAUGGACUAGUCUAGUACUUAACACGCUUUGGUUUC